AUGUUUUUAGUAAAUUGUUUAAAAAAGAUAAUAACUCCAGUACCUAAUUGCCAGCAUUAUUAAAGAAAUUGUGAUAAGAAGGCUCCUUGUUGUGGUAAGUUUUACCCUUGCAGGCUUUGUCAUGACUCUGAUUAGAAAGGAUCAACUUCUGAUAGAUGCAAAACAGAAAUCAUGGAUCGAUAUAAUGUUACCGUAAUAAGAUGUCGAAAAUGCUUAUGUGAACAACCCCCAACCAAUAAGUGUAUAUAAUGCGGAAUAAAAUUUGCUAAAUAUUUUUGUUCCAUUUGUAAAUUAUAUGAUGACGAUCCUAAUAAAGACAUUUAUCAUUGUGAUUAAUGUAAUAUGUGCAGGAGAGGAGUUAAAGAAAACAAUUUUCAUUGUAAUACAUGCGGCAUCUGUUUAAGUAAAUCAAUAUAAAAUUCACAUAAAUGUUUAAAUCAAGCCGCCGAAAACGAUUGCCCUAUUUGUUUGUAAAAUCUAAAGGCUUCUACAAGUUAUAUAAUGUAAUUACCUAAUUGUGUUCACUUCAUUCAUUCAAAAUGCUUCAAUUAACUAAUUUAAUCCAAUUAAAGAAAUUGCCCAAUUUGUAGCUUUCCUAUAUUUAAAAUGACUCUAAAUGAGAUUGAAUAAUAUGAUAAAUUAGCUGAAGACUCAAAAAAAUUAUUAUCUCCUCAAGUUUAGAAGUAAAAGGUUUAGAUUAAAUGCUUGGAUUGUAGAGAAAUUUCGAAUGAUAUCUCUUCUAACUACUAUCUAAAAUGCAAUCACUGUGGCUCAUACAAUACAAAAUAAUGAAUUAUUAAUUAAGCUCUUAUUUAUUAUUUCAAUUAUUGUUUUCCUCAUUA